AGAACAACACAACAAAAAUCACCUAAAAUAGAACUCAAACAAAGAAGAACGAGCCAAUUAAAGAUCGAGGGCAAAAUCGUAUGUAUUUUGAACUUUCCGAAAAUUUGGCUCAAACGCGCGCGGCAUACCUCAACGUAACAGAUUCGAUCCGCUUGGCUUCAGCAAUUUUCUUCUGUCAAAUCCACUCCCAGCGGCGUGUUCGAUUACAACAUGCGAAACAAUUUUUCAAUGUUUUUCCGAUUGGCAUUUUCGUUAUAAUUUCGAAACUUGUGGCACCCUAAAAAACUUGUGGUCAAAGUUUUCACCUUGACUAGUGGCUCCAUGGUUAAGCCCCUCCUCAUGUUUGUUUUGUUUCAGACCCUCCAGUCUGGGUCUGCGUCUAGUCUACAGCUUAAAACGAAAAUUCCCUGUUCUGUCCAAUAGUGGGUAAUCGACGACAUUUCUUCCCCAUCUCCUUGCUCGCAAAAAAGAAACGGCUUGUGAAGAUGGCAUUACAAGCUGCUGGGGUUUCAACGUCUAAGGUUCUCAUCCUCGUUGGAGCAGGGUUAACUGGUUCUGUUGUUUUAAGAAGUGGGCGAUUGUCUGAUCUGAUAUCGCAACUUCAGGAAUUACUGAAGGGUGUUACUGAUGAAGAACUUGCCCCUAGCCCUUACAAGUAUGAUACUGCUGUUCUUGCUGCACAGAUUCGACAACUGACACAAGAGAUCAGGGAGUUGACUUUAUCUGGUCCUGUAACCGUCUUUAAUGGGAACUCUUCUUCUUGCGGGAAUUAUGCUUCUUACUUGGUACCUGCUGCUGCUGUGGGAGCGAUGGGAUAUUGCUACAUGUGGUGGAAGGGAUUGUCAUUUUCUGACAUAAUGUUUGUGACAAAGCAAAACAUGGCAAAUGCUGUCUCCACCGUCUCUAAACAACUGGAUCACGUGCAUGAAGCACUGGCUUCAACAAGGAGGCAUCUGACAAAGAAGUUGGAGAACCUAGAUUGGAGGCUGGAUGAGGAGAUUGAAACAACAAAUCUCAUUGCUAAUAAUGUGGAGGAGGUUAAGUCUAACCUUUCUCAGAUUGGUUUUGAUGUUGAAACAAUCCAUCAAAUGGUCUCACAAUUGGAAGGGAAACUUGAGGAUCUUGAAAGGAAACAGAAUGUCACAAAUUCUGGUCUCUGGUAUCUAUGUCAAGCUGCAGAAGGCGUCAGAGGUCGUAUAAGCGAAAAACUCUUCCCAGAAGUUGAGGCAAAGAAGAUUGCAACAGUUAAAUACGAGGAGAAUCCCCUCAAGGGACUGCAGUUCAUUGCUGAUACUAAAGACUCCAUUGUGAAGAGAAAUAGCCUUGACGAAUUCAAUGGUGAAAAAGUUGUGGUAGGAAGAACAAGAGUGCACAGGUCAUAUCCUGUUGGGAUUGCUUUGGCACCAGGCAUUAUGGGCUGUGAUACGUAAUGUUUUCCUCCUUAAAAGUUAGUUUCAUUCUCGGUUUGCUAUUGAGUCCGUGAGAAGCAUUUCUGAUUUGCAUAUAAAGUAAUGCCUUAAUGGUAAGGUUUAUAGGUUUUACGAAAACACUUCCAUUUGUUGUGUAAAUUGUUUGAACAGAUUGAACGAAAAAUAUUGCAGAUCUCUUUCAAUCAAUGAUCUGAAAAUUUCCAGAUUCUCAA